CUCCAGAGUGUUCUUCUGAGGAGCUGCGGCCAUGGAGCUUGGAUUUGGAGGUGCCUCUCGACCACCUGGAUCCCCCCUCCCCGCUCAUGUCGGAUCUGUCGCCGUCGACCUUUUCGGAUGAUUUUUUAAUGGGUCCGUUCACCUUUUCGGCCAGCAGUCCACCUGCUGACGAGUCGGACACGCCGACAUCGGGUUCGCCCUUGCCAGAGCUUGACUUCGCUGACCUGUUGACUUCGUCCGAUAUCGACAAGUUUCUCCAACACCCUAUCUCGCUAGAGUCGAGCCAUUCUCCUCCCACGCCUGGAGAGUGGUCGCUUUCGAGCGACCAAAGCUCGAACGCCAGCAGUGUGGAACGCACGAUCAUGGCGCCCGUGAUACUCUCAAAUCUGCAGGCGUGUUGGCAAGAGGACAAGUUGAAGGAGAGAGGCGACAAGCUGUUCGAGGUCUUUAUCAACGGCGUCAAGGAGCUCGAUUCCAACGAGCAGGAUAAGAAGGCCGACACCAUUGCCAAGAAACACGGCUUGAUUCUGGAGGGCAAAGGCUCUUACUGGGGCACAUCAAAGGGCUCGUUGGGCUCCAUACUCUGGAACUCCUGUGAGUCGGACCCCAACUAUUUGUCGUUCGACGACUACAUCGACUUUGUCCUUGCACUUUUCCUCCUUCACUGCACCGUGCUCCUUGACCCAACACCCACCUCUCCGCCAAGGCGCAAGCCGCCGAAGCGUAAGAACCGGAGCCAUGUGCCCGGCCAGCGCGUCAACGAGCAGUACCCCUGGAUCUACGACAAGAUCGUGCACGACAAGGGCAACCUGACACGGAAGCGCGCCAAGACCGAAAGUCCGCACCCCCAAGACGCGAGUACGUCAGAAUGA